AUGGUUAGUGAUAACGACCUUGAUCUGGAUUAUGAAGAACCAGUUCAAUACUUUCCUCAAAGAGUUUCAAGAAGAUCAGCCAAAAAGAACUAUUGGAAACAAAUUUCUGAUUUCUUUCAAAAUUCAUUCGUACCUGAAUUUGAUGAUUCAUUACUUAUAGAAGCUGUUGAAGAUUGUGCUGAAUGGAAACGUUACACAGAACAAGAUGUUGAUGAUAUAGAGAUCCUUUAUGAACGUAAUAAUGGGAAAGGACGUGUCUUAUCGACUUUAUCUUCAGAUGAUGAAGAUGAUUUCAUCCAUAGAGAAUUGGAAAAAUUCAAAUUGGAUGGUAAACUUUGGGUUUUAUCAGGUCUUUUCCAAGCUCCAUAUACUGAUAAAAAGAAAAAAUUUGAAUUUGCUUUACCUCAAGGUAAAGGUUUAAAAGUUUUAAAUACUGUUCAAGAUUUCAAAUUACCUUGGAAUAUAUACUGUCCAACAAUUGACGGUGAGAGAAAUAUUGUUAAAUGGAAACAUGGUUUGAAACGUAAUCAAUGGUUAUUAGAAAAUCCAUUUAUUGCUAAAAAACAAGUUAAUGAAGUUUGUUCUUGUACUGGUGUAAGAUGUGGUAGUACAUGCUUGAAUCGUUCAGUUCAAAUUGAAUGCACUCCAAAUAAUUGUAAAUUUGGUGAUCAAGAUUGUGGUAACAGAGCUUUUGCUGAUUUAAUGAAUGCUUAUCGUGAUCAUAGUAAAUAUGCUUUUGGUUGUGAAGUUUUACAAACUGAUAAAAAAGGGUGUGGUUUACUAUCAAUUAGAUCCUUUAAUGCUGGUUCUCUGGUUGUUGAAUACACUGGUGAAGUUAUUCAUCUUGAUGAAGUUGAACAUAGACUGAAUACAAUCUAUAAAGAAUCUGAUAGUUAUUACUUUUUAGGUCUUGAAGAAGAAUAUGUUAUUGAUGCUGGUCAAAAAGGUUCAGUUGCAAGAUUUGCUAAUCAUUCAUGUGAUCCAAAUGCUGAAAUGCAAAAAUGGUACGUUAAUGGUGAACCAAGAAUUGGUUUAUUUGCUAAAAGAUCUAUUGAAGCUGGUGAGGAAAUUACUUAUGAUUAUAAUUUUGAAUGGUUUGAAAAUGGUGAACCUCAAAAAUGUUAUUGUGGAUCUAAGAAUUGUCAUGGUUUUAUAGGUAAAGCUCCUAAUAAUGAAGAUGAUUCAGAUGAUGAACCAGCUGAUAAAAGAGGUAUCAAAGUUUCUCAUCCUUCAAAAGCUACAACUAUUUAUUCAUCAGAUUCAUCUUCAGACUCAGAUCUUGAAGAUUUUGACCAAGUUGAUCUUGUUGAAGCCUUGGAAAAUUUUAAUCAUGAUUAUGAUGCAAAUAAAGCAAAAUUGAAUAAUAAAAAUUCCAAAGGGAAAUAUUCACCAGGUGCUAAAUUAAAAGAAGUCAUGGUUGGUGAGGAUAAUAAGAAUAAUAAUAAAGAGAAUAUUGAAAAUAAUAAAUCUACACCUAAGAAGGCUAAUACAUCAGAAUCAAAACCAUUAAGGGAAGAGUUUGAAAAACAAUCAACUAAAUUGAAACAACCUGAACAAAAAACUUCCAAUGUUAGAGGAGCUCAAAGUCAACCACCUGCUGAUCCAAGAAAACAACCUUCCAAGAGAAAUGAAGCUAAAAAGACAACAGACAGUUCUAGACCAAGUUCCAAAGAUACCUCAUCUACAAGAAGAAAUAAUUCACCAUAUGCCCCAGAAUAUCCAGAUGAUAAACCUGUCAAACGUACUUCUAGAAGAAAUAUGGGAGCUGCUUUUACUGAUCUUGACCCCGAACUAGCACCACAAUUGAAGAACUCUUUUGCAAUCAAUAUGGCACCACCGGGUGGUAAGACUGAUAUCAAAGAACAAGUAGCUGCUGGUGUGCAAUCAACUCAAACAUCAUCUCCACCAAAAACUUCUAAAAAAGCAGCAGCAUCUCCACCGAAGAAUACCAAUAAAACACCAUCAUCACCACCAAAAAAGAAACCAGCUUCAACUUCUGCUUCUGCUUCCAAAAAACGUUCUGAACCAAGUGCAGCUGAAGAAUCUUCUCAGAAACGUAAAAAACCAAAACUUAUCAUUGAUACAUCAUCAGAAGAAAGUAAUGAAAGUGAUGAUGAACCAAUUUCUAAAUCUGCAAGUCAAAAAGCACCUGAAAAAAAUGGUAAUGCUCGUGAUUCUUCAAGUGAUUCUUCAAAUCGUAUAACUCCAAUUGAUCAAAAAGCAUUUAAAGAAGCUAAAGAAUCAAAAUCUUCAUCACAUUCGAGUACCAAACCAACUUCAGCAUCAACAACAGCUAAGAAAAGUUCUGUAUUUGGUAAAAGAAGAGACCCAAUAUCACGUAAAACUGAACCUGUUGAAAAAUCAUCAAGUCCUGUUAAACAACCUGCAAGUUUUGGAGGAUCAGAAUUUUUCAAUUUGAAAAAGGCUAAAAGAAAUCAAAAUCAAGCACCAGUUCAAACUACUGAAUCUUAUCAAUCAUCACCACCAACUACAGCAUCAUCGAAUGCACAGCCAUCAGCUCCAUCACAUUCAAAUGCAGCCAUUGAUAGUUCAUAUCGUCCAACAGCUGAAAGUAGUGAAUUAGUUGUUCAUGAAUCUGCACAAAAUUAUGUUCAACCAGCAGGUCCACAUACUUAUGAUCAUUAUUAUGAUAAUUGGAAUGGUUAUUAUGAAGAUCCAAAUUAUCAUAAUUAUUAUUAUGGAGAUCAAUAUUAUCAACAAUAUCCACCAUAUCAAGGUCAACAUUAUCCUCCUCAACCUCAACCACAACCACAAUCACAACCGGCUUAUGGAGAACCAUCUACAAGUACAGCUGUUGCAUCACCAAAAGUACAGCCAUCAUAUCCAGAAGGUUAUUAUCAACCACAACGUCCACAACCAGGUUAUCCAACACAAGAAGGUUAUCCAUAUUAUCCACCUCCUCCACAACCAAGAGGUUAUCCAUAUUAUCCACCUCCUCCUCAACCAAGAGGUUAUCCAUAUGGUCCUCCACCUCCUCAACCUUAUCCUACACAACCUGGUGGUGCUUAUGGAUAUGCUCAACCUUAUGGAGCUGCACCAUCUUAUCCACCUGGUGCUUUUAGUGCUGAUGCUGAAAAUGAAAUGCUUGUUGAAUCACCUCAAGAAGCUUUUGCAGAUGAAGUUUUAGAACAAUCUGAAAAUGAACAAGAAAAGAAAAAAGAUGGGCCUGAUAUUCCAGCUGAUCCAAGAAGACGUAAGAAAUGA